AUGCAUCCAACCCGCCUCCUCCUCGCUCGCACGCCCCUGAUCAAAUUCCUAGGCAAGCGUGUCCCGCCAAAAACAAUCACCCCGGCCGCCCCAGCCAACGAACCAGCUCCCCACCCCGCCUCCCCUUCCCACUCCUUACCGGAUAGCUUCAUGGCCUACCGCAGCAAAGCACAGCAGCACGGCCCGCUCGGCGGCCACAACCGCCCUUCAUCUUCCCAACCGUCUACAUCAGCCUCAUCAUCGCCUCCUCCCUCUUCAAUCAACACUUCACAUGCCUACGGUGGCAUCGGAGGACAUUCGGGUCACGAGCUGGGGACUGUGGAGCCGAAUGCGGGAAAAGGAGAGGUGUGGGAUCGGAGUGAGUUGCCGAAGAGGUUCGGGCGGAUGGCGUGGACGGAGGAUGAGAUCGAGGCGCUUGAGUUGGGCGGGGCGAAUUUGAGGGCCGGGUGGGGUGGGAGUUGA